GUUUUCUUGUUGAUUGACAUAAAAUUAGAAUUUAUUUGAAGCAUUUCAUUUUAAAUUCCUUACGAAAUAGAAAUAUAGUGAGUGUUGUGUAAAAGACUUUUUGUGAAAUAUUUUAUGUGUAUCAAGUCGACAUGACGUCGGAAAAGGGUAGGAAAGAUAAAAACCAGAACAUUCAAGUGUUCGUCAGAUUAAGGCCGUUAAAUCAACGAGAAAGAGACAUAAAAUCAUUGGGUGUUGUGGAAGUGGUGAACAAUAAAGAGGUAGUAGUGCGACAGUCACAGCAAACGUCGCACACCAAAAAGUUUACUUUUGAUCGUGCAUUCCCUCCUCAUGCUAAACAGGUUGAAGUUUAUCAGGAAGUGGUCAGCCCUCUUAUUGAGGAGGUGCUGGCAGGAUACAACUGUACUGUGUUUGCUUAUGGGCAAACUGGCACUGGCAAGACUCAUACUAUGGUUGGAGAGAACACGGGUGAUGAGACAACAUGGCAGAAUGAUCCCCUUGCUGGCAUCAUUCCGCGUGCUCUCAGCCAGUUAUUCGAUGAGCUUCGCAUUUCCAACACGGAAUAUACUGUUCGGGUUUCAUACUUGGAGCUAUACAAUGAAGAGUUGUUUGAUUUGCUCUCCUCAUCUGAAGACAACUCUAAGCUGAGAAUCUAUGAGGAUGUGACUAGGAAAGGAUCCAAUAUUGUAAAUGGACUUGAGGAAAUAACAGUGUACAAUAAAAAUGAAGUUUACAAGAUAAUGGCCCAAGGACAAGAGCGAAAAAGGGUAGCAUCAACCCUCAUGAAUGCACAAUCAAGCCGUUCGCACACAGUGUUCACUAUAGUGGUGCACAUGAAGGAGAACAGCCCCGAGGGUGAGGAGCUGGUUAAAAUUGGGAAACUUAACCUGGUAGAUCUCGCUGGUUCCGAAAACAUCAGUAAGGCGGGGUCAGAUAACCCGGCGAAGCGCGAGCGAGCGCGAGAGUGCGUCAACAUCAACCAGUCACUGCUCACUCUCGGCAGGGUUAUCACUGCCCUCGUGGAGAGGCACCCACACAUACCCUACAGGGAAUCGAAGCUGACCCGAAUCCUCCAAGAAUCUUUAGGUGGUCGGACAAAGACCUCCAUCAUAGCUACGAUAUCCCCUGGACAUAAGGAUUUAGAGGAAACCAUGAGCACCCUAGAAUACGCCCAUCGGGCGAAGAAUAUACAAAACAAGCCUGAAGUUAACCAGAAGAUGACAAAGAAAGCUAUAUUAAAAGAGUUUGCUGAGGAAAUCGAUAAGCUGAAGAGGGAUCUACAGGCUGCUAGAGAUAAAAAUGGUGUGUAUUUGGCCAGCGAUACCUUCGCCGAGAUGACGCUAAAAGAAGAAGAGCAAAGGAAAGAAAUACAAGAGCUGCUACUGAAAAAGAGAGCGAUGGAAGAGGAGAGAGAUCGUAUGGAGAACGUGUUUUCCGACUUGAAUCAUAAAUUGCAAGCGACUGGUAGUGAGCUAGACAGCACUAGGGCUCAACUACAUAACACUAAGGCAAAACUAAUCGACACCUCUAAUCUGCUUCGUACCAAAAAUAUGGAAUGCGAGGAGCAAAAGUAUCUGGUGGCUCAUCAGCAGCAGACGGAGGAAAAGUUGGGUGCGCAAGCGCGACAGCUGGUAAAUGCCGCUGAUACCGCUUCCGCCCACGCCACAGCGCUGCAUGACACCAUCGCGCGACGACGGAGCAUAGAAUCGGCUAACUUGGAAGUGACAAAGACGUUUCGUCGUGAGUCUGGUGCGCAACGUACUAUGAUAUCGUCGUGUGUACAAAACUUCACUGACACUUUGCUGGAAACACUCGAUUCACUACGCUCUGCGAUAGAUCAUAUAGUAGAAUGGAGCAAGUCCUUUGGUCUUAAAGUUAAUCCUGCCAAGACUAAUGCAAUGAUAGUAGGUAGCUCUAGGUUGACCUCCAAAUUGGACUGGCAUCUGUUACCUAAGAUUAACUUUGAUGGGACUGACAUCCCUUAUAGCGUAUCAGUAAAAAACUUAGGUAUAAUCUUUGAUAGUAGUUUGAGCUGGGGACCUCAAUUGCAAUAUGUAAGUCGUAAACUGUAUGCUUCUGCUGCGUCACUGAGGAGGUUGCGUAACUUUUUGCCGACUGCCACUAAACUUGCUCUAGCACAAUCUUUGUUGCUUCCAAUUCUUGAUUACGCCGAUGUCUGUUAUCUCGAUCUUACGGAAGACCAGCUUAAUAAACUUGAGCGGCUCCAAAACUUCUGUAUUCGGUUUAUAUUUGGAUUGCGCAAAUAUGAUCAUAUAUCUCAAUUUCGUACUCAGCUCAAGUGGCUUCCAAUUCGUCUUCGCCGGAAUGCUCAUAUAUUAUCCCUCCUUUACAAUAUUUUGUUUAACCCCCUUUAUCCGCGCUAUUUGAAAGAACGCUUCAAUCCGCUAUACUGCUGUACUUCAUUUUCCUUGAGGUCAUCGGAAAACCUGAAACUUGAAACCCCUCUCCAUACAACUACUUUUUAUGAUGGCUCUUUCACUGUCCAAGCUGUGCGUCUUUGGAAUGCUCUUCCGACUUCCAUAAGACGCGCUCAAUCAUUAAAUAUUUUCAAAGAAUUGAUGAAAUCUCUAAGUAAUGCUACACACGAUAAAGUGAAUGGUGUGGUCGUAGAACAUCGCACCGAAUUUGAUGCCUCCUUGUGUGCGUACAGUGAAGCGAUAUCCACUGCACUCGAUGCUUCCAUAAAGGCAUUAACUUGUAGUUUACAACGCGUAAAGGAAACCGUCGAAAGGAAGGACGUCGAUAAUUUUGUACGAGAGUGGUACACGUGUAUGUUCGCGCGCGUCAUGUCGCUGAGUGGUGUACAAUCGCGCAUGAUGGAAACAGCGCGGCAUGAGGAGGCGCGCGUGCGUGAUGCCGCGCGUCAACACGCACACGCACGCACGGAGCGCGCACGCACACACGCGCAACGUGCCGCCGCACGCCUACAUCAAAUAGAAGAAGAAAAAACUGAAAUACAAAAUCGCCUUACGAAACAACGUUGUGAGAUUGAAAAAGAGAGAGAGACGACAGAAAACCGUCUACGAUUGUGGGCCGAGGAAGAGAGACGGCUACUGGAAGAGAGACUCGCUAGACACAUAGCUACAGAGAAACAGGUGUUAGAAGAGAGAUUGAAUGAGAAGAUGAAGCAAAUAGAAGAUGAACAGAAACUUCUAGAAGACAGGAUAACUAGACAUAUAGAGUGGCAACAGCAGCAACUGCAAUCUUGCAAUGAAGAAUUGGAGAUGGCGAAUAAAGAUCUAGAGGAAUAUGAGACUAUGAUGAAGGAGACUAGCGCACACUUUACUAAAUACGACAAGGAGUUUGAAGAAGGCUCGACGGCAGUGAGUACCGAGCUGGAGGUUUUACCUCGCAGCGUGACUGACAUUACCGAGCACGGGCGCAUCACAAUAUUACACGCUAUACAAGACGCGCUGCUGAACGCACAGCAAGAAGCCAAUGAGCUGAUAGUCGGCUCAACCACCACAAGACAACAGUUGACUUCCACCACACACAGACUCUUGGACGAUAUCGUCGGCUGCAAUAAACAAGCAUUAGAUCAAAUUUAUAGCUGUUUAGAGUGUAACAACGCGGUGACAAUAGAGGAAUUGUCUCACCUAUCUGGUUCCAUCACGUCGCUGAUCUGUUCGUGUAAUGACCACUCGCGGUCACAGAACACUUUCGCCGUUACUUUGCAACAACACGCGCGCGGUCUUAACACGGCUGUAGGAGAAGCUGUAGAAGAACAUGAGCGAUUGGAGAACAAGUAUUUGAACGACGAGUACAGAAUGUACUCGCCCACUGGUAGUACUCCGGCUCGUGUACAGUACAAAUAUCCUCGUGUGCUGGCCGCCACUUCACCACAUGAGCGAAUACUGGCCAGAUAUAGACAGACACGCCAACACGACAUAAGUGACGUGGUAGUGAUAGAAUCAGACGGCGAGACAGUUCCCGGCAGCGAAUCCGAGAGCUCGUCUGAAAAUCUGACCUUCAUUACACCCUCACCGCCCGCGAACAUUACAACCACGCCGCUUAUAUGCAAGUCAACGUCAGAGACUGACAUAUACGUUAGACGAAAGCAGCAAGAUAAAGAAAUUACAGGCAAAGAAAAUCCAGAUCGCUCGUUAAGCAAUCGCAAACGUUCAAAGCUACCAGCUCCUUCAUCACACAAGAAACCGCUCGUCGAACGAAACGGGACUGUCAACUGACGUAAUUAUACAUACGCGCUAGACAUGUAUUUAAUCAAACACAGCAGUAAAAUAAUACCUGAUUCAUAUACAUGUCGAGCCGUGACGUCACAAUUCAAUAAACAUGAGUACUGGUUGCACUCGCAACGAAGACGUUGACGAUUAGUUUUUGAGGUGUGACGUAACACGAUGCUUUGCACGGCGAUCGGUCACAGAUUAUAAAUCGCAAGAUAAUUUGUCAAAAAUAAACUAUACUUUACUUGUAAUUCGUAAUGGUUGUCAACGAGGGAUGGAAAUAUUUAAUAAUGAAUCUAGUUCUAUAAAAAUACAUUCAAAAGAUUUUUUUUGUUAAAUAGUAUGUGCUGAAUUAUAAGAAAUAGCUAGUGUCAAUAAUCAGCUAUUUUAAAACUCAUUUUGAUACGGAAGUAAUCUCGUAUGAGAGUAAAAAAUAUUAUAAAAUCCUUACAUUCAAACUGUUGAAAAGAGGUAUCUUGUCGAUUUUUUAAAUUAAUAGUCUCGAUAGAUUAUUACUUUUUAAUUAAUCGCAUUAAGUUAGAUUAUUAAAAUUGCACGCAGAUUUAUUAGCCGAAAGUUGUAUAAUAAAUAAACUUUGAAAGCUAUUUAUUAUUUUAAUAUAAAAUUAGCUGUUCAUAAAAUAAUAAUAGGUUUAUUUUGACGUAUUUGACAUUACAUAUUGAUAGAAACCUUUAUUUUAUUUUAUGUGAAUGAGUGCAAAACAAUGUGUAAUGUAAUAUACACUGAUAGUUAUGAUUUAAAUGCGUGAUACUGCUGCGUUUAUUUGUGUGAUGAAAACAUCAGAACUGGGUUAUCUUUGUCUUAUUAUAUUGUCUUCGAAGUUUUUUUACAAAAAAUACAGUAAAUAUGACUAUAAAAAAUAAUUCUAAGUAUGUAUUAAUUCAUUUCAAAUAUUACUAUUAUUUUAGAUUUUAGUAAUUUAAUUAGGAUGUUUGUUUUACUAUGACAAUUAUAGUAAUUAAAAUAUUUUGAGUAAGAGAUUUAGUUUUGGUUAUAAUUAUAAUAGAAAUAUUCAUUUAUAUGUUGAAGCAUGUAAAUUAUAAAAAUAAAUACCUAUACAUAUUAAAAAAAAAUCUUGGAGUGUUCAAAAAGACAAAAUUGAAAAAAAAAUAUUUAUUUUAACCUUAGUAACUGUUAUUUCUUUCACUUUAUAUUUAAUGUUAGCUUUCCAACAGCGGCUUUGCUCGCGUUGUCCUGUAUUAUAUGUAAAUGAAAAACUUUCCUUUUGAAUCAAAAAAGACCGCAUCAAAAUCCGACACUAUGUUAUUUGAAUAUUAUUUUAAAAUAAGCUUCAG